CGCAUGCGCAGCAGUGAUCUCUACACGUCCGAAGGCUAGUGUCGCUUUAUAAUCUCGUCUCCCUUGAAAACACUCAGUUUUUCCAACAGAAAAAAUUCUAAUCGUCUCACUUUAUUCCUGUCAAUAUGGCUGAAGGUGGAUACGGAGAUCCAGAAAAUCCUUUUGCGGAUCCUUCUGUGACUGACAUGACGAGCGGCGCUUCUCGCGGCCUUGGAGAUUUCAAUCCUUUCGCGGAGCAAGACACUUCUUCUGGCCUCACGACCAAGCCCUCUCCAACGACAACAGCAGCCCCUCCUCCUCAGCUACCACCACAGCCCCAGGCUAAGACACAGCCAAGCCAACCAGCCGUGCUUCAGACACAUCAAGAUCCUCCGCCUUAUGUGAUAGAAAAUGAGCAAGAGAAUCUAAGGAAGAGACAAGAGGAUUUGGAGCGAAAGGCAGCUGAAUUGCAAAGAAAAGAGCAAGAACUACAGCGCAUGCAGUAUUCAGGCUACAGAGAAAACAACUUCCCGCCCCUGCCUGAAUGGUUUAAGUUAAAACCGUGUUUCUACCAUGACAUUCAGGUGGAUAUCCCCAUUGAGUACCAGAAAUUGUGCCGGUUCCUCUUCAUUAGAUGGCAAGCUUACAGCUUUGUGAUGUUUUACAAUUUUAUCGUUGCAUUGGCAUUGUUAAUCACGGCUGCUACAGGCAACCACAAUGAAGGGAAAACAUUUGGUCUUUCUAUCCUCUACCUGGUCUGGAAUGUCCCAGCCAGUUUUCUAUGCUGGUAUAGGCCAGCCUACAAAGCACUAAAGAAUGACAGUUCAUUUAGCUACAUCAUCUUCUUCCUGAUUUUUUUCCUGCACAUAUCCAUCAAUAUUUACUACACGCUGGGGAUCCCUGGUGGGGGGUCAUGUGGGUUUAUAACUGCCACAGAUACGUGGCAUGGCACCAACAAGGCAGUAUCCAUCAUGAUGUUUAUUUGCGCUGCAAUGCUGUUGGCCGGAGUGGGCAUUGACUGUAUUCUAAUCGUCAAAGUCCAUCGGAUAUACCGCCAAGCUGGUGCCAGUCUUGAGAAGGCGCAAGGCGAGUUCGCCAAGGGCGUGGCCACCAACCCUCAUGUCCAGACAGCAGCUGCCGCUGGGGUCCGCAAUGCAAUGUCCAACCAGAAAUAAAUCACCCAUCUCCCACAUGGAAAAGGAUAGAGGGAACAGGCUACCCUCCGUUCAGAAACAGUGCAUCAAGAAAGUGUCUUCUCCCUGUCCUUUUAAGGAUAUUGGACUCAGGGCGGAAGCUUCCCUAGCAUGACUAAGUACAUAAGAAGGCAAACCUCUUUUUAGAGUCUGUCCAGCAGUUAUUUUGAACGGAGGACUCGUAGGUAUAUGGAAUUUUGAAGACAUGCCAAACAAACUGGCGUCUCAAAGACAUUUAAUUUGUGCAUUCUCUGACACUUGACGUAAGUUUUGAUUGUUAAACUUUUCCUGUAAUGCUGUAACCAAGGAAAUACUGGGCCUAGUACACUAGAAAUAGCAAACCAAGCAUUUGUUAAAUUUGUAUGUUUAUUCUCAGGAUUCGUGCUUUGAUACACUUUGUGAAAACAUUUGCAUUUAAUGACUGUGUUAUUGAAUGAUACGUUUGUUCCUAACUACCAGUGUCCUUAUUAAUGACGCUCACUACCGUGGCCGAAUACUAAUGGUCUUCUUAUUUUGGGAAAUUUUCGCCAAAACGUUCAAUCAGACAUUUUGUUGAUUGGACAUUUUCAAUCAAUACCUUUAUCGUACCCUUAUUGGCUAACAUUCUAAAGACUUUUUUAAGGUGGUCACGGUAGCUUGCGUAAGAUAGUAACGUGAGGAAAUAUGUUGGCUAUAACCCCUUAAAAUUAUUGCUAGACCAUUUCAUCUAAAGCGCAUUCAGUAUCUAUUGGACGCAUAUUUCAUAAUAUUCCGCGCAUUUGUUUCACUUUUUCCACAUCUAUAUUGGCUCUGGAAAGUAUUAAUUAUUAACGUCUUGAAAAGAGAAUUGUCUAUUUUGCGAUUGAGAUUAAUAUAAUUUUUUGUCAACUUUGUUAAAAGGAUUUUUUUUAAAUACGGCUAUGUAUGGUCUUAUGGGGUUUCGUUGCGAAAAGUAAUAUACUUCUGCGUGCAAAAUUUCUUGAAUGAGCUUAUGCCAGUAUAUACCUGUCCAUGUUAAAGAACAUAAAUUUAUUUUGUAAGGGAUGGAAAAGGUUGUUAAUACAUUAUAGUAAUUGACUUUGGAUUAGGAAAUAAAUUUAUAAUCGACGUA